AUGUCCGCAGAAGAGCUUCAUUGUGAAGAGCACUUCAAGCAGCACUACAGUAGGUUGCCUACGGGGGAAUACUCUGUUCAUCUGCCGAUGAAGCGUGAUGUAGGUCUGUUAGGCGAUUCGUAUUUGCAAGCCAAAAGGCGAUUUGAGAAUCUUGAGCGCAAGUUUAGUCGAAAUCCAAAGGUUAAGGAGGACAACGCAGCAUUCAUUAAGGAAUAUUUGGACCUCAAGCAUAUGUCGUCCGUGCCUAGCUCGCAAGUACAUGAGUGUAAAUACUUCUUGCCGCACCAUUGUGUAUUGAAAGAGGAGAGUUCGUCCACAAAGUUAAGGGUCGUGUUCGAUGGCUCAGCAGUGACGUCGUCUGGAUUCUCGUUAAAGGAGCUACUAAUGUUAGGGCCCACAAUUCAGGCGAAGCUCUUCGCCACUCUAGUGCGUUUUCGUACAUUUCCUACUGGAAUUACUGGAGACAUUUGUAAGAUGUACCGAUGUGUACGCGUGGCAGAGCCAGAUUUUCUGUUACAGUGUAUCCUGUGGCGUGAUUCACCCAAAGAUGACAUCCAAGUUUUUAAGCUGGACACGGUCACGUAUGGCACCAAGCCUGUUUCAUUUUUGGCCAUUCGUGCAAUGCAACAACUCGCCAUGGAUGAGUCUUCGUCGUAUCCAUUGGGCUGGAAAGUCGUUUUGCGGGACUUCUAUGUUGAUGACAUGAUAUCAGGAGGCGAUGCCGUCGAAGAAGUGCGGAAGGUCAUGCAUCAAAGCACAAAACUCCUUGGUCGUUGUAAUUUUCGUUUAAGAAAGUGGUGCUCGAGCUCUGUAGAAGUGCUUCAAGAUGUCCCAGAGGCCGACAAGGAAACCCUUCUAAAGUCUGACGACGGGAGCGACAUUACGAAGACUCUUGGACUGGUUAUCAGUAAUCGCAAGGUGCUACGAUACCCUCGGUUUAAUCGGACCAACGUUGACAAGGGCGAAGAUAAUUCUUCAGCAGAUGUGGAAAAGCAAGUUGGACUGGGAUGA